UUUCACUCCCCCAAAACUAAUUCAGAUUCAUCUAUGGCGACUGAAACUAAGGCUGUUACCGAGGAUGUCAAGAUCGAUCUCUUCGAAGACGACGAUGAGUUCGAAGAGUUUGAAAUCAAUGAAGAGUGGGAUGACAAGGAGGAAGGUAAAGAAAUAGCUCAACAGUGGGAGGAUGAUUGGGAUGAUGAUGAUGUUAGUGAUGAUUUCUCUGUUCAGUUGAAAAGGGAGCUGGCGAGCACUACUACUGAGAAGAAAUAAACCUCCUGCUGGCUAUGAUUGUUUGAUAUAACAUGUGUAAUGAGUUACAACUUAGGUAUUUGAGGUGUUUUCUUACCUUUAAAAGAACAUAAACUAUGCCGUGUUGGGAAGGAAAUGUGAGUAAGAACAGAACACAAGGACAUAAUUCAUGUGUUAUUUCUUUGAAACAUUUGCAUAGAAGUUAUUGCGUACUUGGUUUUGUUUUUCA